UUAACAGUACUCUUUGAAAUGGCGUUUUACAUUCGUAUACUGAAAGUCGAGAAGUUUAUUUAAAAAUAAGCAGGAGGUGAUAGUUAAGAAAAUGGCGGCCUCGCAUCUCCAGGUCGCUUGAUCCCGAUAACUUUAUUAAUUGUUAAUGCAAAUCCUGUUCGCCAAUAUGUAUGAGCUUGAUAGCGACAAAGUGUAUGUUAUGUGGACCCAAGCCGCUGAAUCGGUCCUGAUAAAUGCAAGACCGCAUCCAGGGUUAUCUACCGUCGAAACAGCGACGCCGUAUUUUCAAUUGCACGCAAAUCAAUUCGUAUCUUCGCCGUGAGGUAAAAGAGUUUCAUAAAAGGAGCUCCGCGGGCUUCGUUAGGAACAGUUCGUACAAACCAGCCGAACAAUACCUCAGUGAACCACCCGUUAUCAGCGAAUCUUAUCACUCCAAGAUGAAGGUUAGAGACUCAAUCUGCUUGAUCACCUGUGGCAUGAACGACAUGGGGAUGGCAAUUUGCCAGGAUCUUUUAAAGAAUGGGGCUACCCACGUGUGCGUAAUGGACUAUCCUUGCUCCAAGGCCGAAGAGACAAAGUUCUUAUCCCAGUGCGGGAAAGAACACACCACCUUCUUGCCCUGCGACAUGACAAAGGAAACCGAAAUCGAAGCAUGCUUCAAGAAAAUGAUUGACACGCACAAGUGCCUUGACAUUGUCAUCAAUACUUGCGGGACAUGGGACGAGAAAAAUUGGGAAAAGUGUUUGGCGGUUAACAUGGGCUGUGUAAUACGUUCUUGCUUGAUAGCCAUGCGAUUCAUGAGCAAGGAACAGUUAGGCAAGGGUGGAUGCAUCGUCAAUGUGUCAUCGAUGACAGGGUUGCAACUUUUGGCAUGCGCUCCUAUUUUCUCGGCCACGCACUGCGGUUUAAUCGGAUUCGGUCGAUGUCUUGGGCAAUCCUGUCACGUCGACAAAACAGGGGUCGCCGUAAUGACAAUUUGUCCGGGAAUUAGCGAGAAGAAGAUCUCGGAAUAUUCGGAGAAGCUUUUGAGCUUCGUCGAGCCGAAGUUUGCUGUCAACGAGAUGACCUCGUAUCCACAUCAGCGAGUCGAGGACGUAUCCCACGGGAUUCUGUGGAUGAUCAAAAACUGCGAGAGUGGAUGUGUCUGUGUGACAGAGAACGAAGAGCCGCUUUGUAAAAUCAAGUUCCUUGAGUGUAGCGAGAUGAAGGAGGGACUAAACUUCAAGUAAAGAGACCUGUCGAUCCAGCUUGCGAAAGAUACAUUAUAGAUUGUUGACUUCUCCGCUCUGAAAUGUCCAUUUUGCCAUAUUUGAAUCGACCUUGCCAACUCGCAAUUGUAAUUUCAUGAUAAUUAAACGUUACAAGCGUACACGAUCGAUCGAGGUAUCUGCGAACCUUUUUGAAAAUUUCAAUGUCUGCCACAGUGAGCAUUUACCUAGUAGUCAGUGACUUUAUUAGGCCAUUAAUGAAGUUAUCAUCUCUGAGGCCAAAUUUCCGAAACUUCAAUUACCUUCGUGUUUCGUUCGGAUAAAAAAUCAUAUACGUGUAGCUUAGAAACAAUCAUACCGUAAAUGGGAAUAUCUCCUUGUUUCCAUUUUAAUUUGGUUCGAUUACUUUUUACUGGGUAAUUAUUCAUGUUUACGCCCAUUUGUUACCUCAAUAAUGAGCGCGGCGGUAGGGUCGCGUAUUUUUAUCCGCACGGUGGACUUUGUUUCCCUUUAACUACGCAGAAUUGCAACAAUAAAUAAUAAUUCUCGCAAGUUCGACGUGUUAUCACUGACCCUUGCCAUCCUCCGGCGUCUUCGAGAGACCCCACCAUUCAAGAUUCCUGUAAUCAGAGCUCACCAAUACAUGGUGUACUGGCUUAAUUGAUAUUCCCCUAUCUCCUGAAAUUACUCACAAGCAAAGGAGCUUGUUUGCUCCCCUGUCAAAAUACUUUUUCUUUAAUGACUUAUCUUUACUUUAAAUUUAAAUCGCCCGA